AUGUCCUAUUCCCCCCUCGAAAAGCACUUCUCGAUCGUUCACAUUUUGUUCGCUCCGUCGUCGGCGUCUCUCCGCAAACAUCAAAGUUCGUUGUGUGAUCAGAACGAGAGUCUCCGCCCCCAAACAACACGAUUCCAGAUAAAAUGGGCAAGCUGCGAGUGAUCGAGAAGCGGUUCGAGUUCGGUCUCCGCGUCUUCUACAACCUCUUUCGUCUGUUUCCGCUCAUCUACUCGAGCGUGUGGCUGACGCUCGCCCUCACCGCACUCACAAUUGCCGCUUCGGUCGGAAGUCAGUCCUCCUCCUCUCUCCUAUACUCAAAGAACGGGAUUCGCUGCCAAAACUCCACAAACGGAUUUACACUGAAUUGCACACAGAUGUAAUACGUUGUUGGUGUUUUGACAGCUCUCGCCGUUGCUUUUUUCUUACUCGAAUUCGAAUUCAGAUGAGAUUGUCAACUAUAAAACCGGAUACAUUCCCGGAAAGUUUUACGUGGCUUUGUUGGAGAAGGACGAGCCCCGCUUCUGGCACCUCUUCUGGGUCGCUUCACUCUGUUACAUCGGACUGUGCUUGGUAAAGGGAAUUCAGAAGAAGACGUAGAACAAGAAGAGAUGAAGAACUACAAUUUCCAGUUGAUAGCGCUCAUGAACUUCUUCUCGUGGUGCCUGUACAUUCAGCAGCGGAAGAAUCUGGUCGCCUGCUUGCACAGCAUUUAUUACAAAAACAACUUUUAUUAUCAGAUUAACGGAGUGGACGAUCACGGAAUUGACAAUCCGUGCGUGCAUCGUCUUCUGCAACGCGUUUAAUUGAAUAUUUGCAGGGAUCAGAGAAUCACUCAGGACGCGGAUAAACUGACGAAGCUGCUCGCGACGAGCAUCAUCCCCACCGUCCUGCUCUCCCCGUUCAUCAUCUCCUAUUAUGGGGUCCGCACGUGGCAAACGUGAGAAAGUAGAGAAAAGUGGGUGUGGGAACGAAUGUAUUUCAGGUCCGGCGGAUGGGGAUUCGGAAUGAUCUUCGGAUACUUCCUCGUCGGAGUCAUCAUCAACAGAAUUCUGAUCGGACCGCUCACGCCAUGGGCGGCCAGAGUUGAGAAAGCGGAGGGAGACUUCAGGUGGACCCCCAACUCACCGCGAUUCAUUUUUUCACGAUCGAAUUCAGAUUCAAGCACGUGUCGGUGCGUGUGAACGCGGAAGAAUCGACCUUCUACAAGUCUGCUCAGUUUGAGCACCUCUUCUCCGACCUCUCCUUCGACGCGCUCUUCAGAAGACUGUUCGUGUUCAUGAGCUGGAGGUUCCCAUCCCAGUGUACUGUUCUGCUCAGAAACGUCUGCUCCCUAAUGUUCGCCGUUUUCAGUUUUCCAAUCAUUCUUCGAUUACUACGGAGGUUGCAUGUCUUACAUUCUCCAACUGUUUCCGAUUUUCGUCUUCCACAUGUAUGACAACCUAACGUCUGCUGAACUUUCCGGACAGAUUAGUAAUGUCAGUGGCCAUCCUUGAUUCUCGUAUUAUUCUUGCUAAAAUGUCUCUUCAGAACGCAUUCAUCUUCAUUUAUCUGAUAAAUUGCUUCACGAGACUAACCGAUUUGGCGAUGAACAUGGCAGAACUCGGAGGUUAUAUUAUGAGGUUCAGCAGUUAUAAAUUAUAAUCCUUCCCCUGUUAAUUCAAAACUUUUGUAGGGUGAGUGAGUUCGUAGAUACUGGUAAACUGUAUGAGAGUGGAAUUGAAAACGAUGCGUUCCGAAGCAAUUCGGUCACGCGCGACAAGUCCUCCGGAGAAGAUAAUCUGAUCGAGGCGGAGCACGUUUCGUUCGGGCCGCCGACCAACUCGAACAAUCGCAUUAUCGAGAGUGAGCUGUCCGCCCAAGAGGAUCAUCCCAAAUCCGUUUUUCCAUUGCAGAUUUGACAUUCAAUUUGCCACGUAGCAAAACGUUGUUGAUCACCGGCGAGAGUGGAAUCGGGAAGACGUCGCUGAUGAGAGUGAUUGCGGACAUGUGGCCGCAUCAGGGCAUUCUGAAAAAGCACUUUGACAAGUCGGACGCGUACUUCCUGCCGCAAAGACCGUAUUUCCCAGUUGGACGGCUUUCUCUAAAGCAACAACUCGUGUUUCCGGCGGCAGAGAACGGAGAGAAGACCGGGAUUGACGGUGAGCAUGAGUGAAGUGGAACCGAAGAUCGGCGAGUUGUUUAGAAGACAUAAUCCGUCUGCUCCACGAGCUGAAACUUGGACAUCUUCUCUCUAUUGUCGGAAGUCUCUAUGACAAUGUGGACUUUGAAUGGUCACCUAACUUCUUCCAAAGAUCUCUCCAAACGUUCUCCUUCUUUCCAGGCAAGACACGCUGUCCCCGGGAGAGCAGCAGCGUCUUUGCUUCGCGCGAAUGCUGCUCGCCCAGCCGACCGUCGCAUUCCUGGACGAAUCCACGUGUAACGUUGACGAGGGCAUCGAGAAUGCGAUGUACGAAAUGCUGAGAAAGGUCGGUUUGUUUGACGGGCGAAAAAGGCCUCCAAUUUUCAAUAAUGGCACCCUCCGGAAAUUGGUUUCUUCUUGAUUUUGAAGGCAAUCUGGCGAAAUGGGUUUUUUUAGAGGGGCCCUUGAAAAGCGGAAAAUAGAAACGGAUAAGGAUAAUAGAAAGAAUGGAUGGAGAGUGAGAGAGGGGGAUGAGCAAUCAAAAGUUCGAAAAUGUUGCCGAUUUUCAGCGCUCGAUCACCUACAUCACCGUCGGUCACCGCAAAUCUCUGCGCAGUCACCACGACUUCGAACUGCGCAUUCCGUCCUCCUCCUCGUUCCUUUCCAUGAAAUUCACCACCAAAAGUUUUAGACACUUUUUUUCACAUUUGCCCCACUCUUGUUUUCAUCUGUUAUCCCGUCGUUUUGUUGCCUCCUCCUCUUUUUUUCGAAAGCAAAUAAAGAAAGGAAAGAAGAAGAAGAAGAAGAAGAAAUGACGCCAAAGUCGUCGGUCGGCUAAAUAUGGGCUGGGGCUCUCCGCGGAGCCACCAACCAACGGCGCCCGUUUGAAAUAUGCGUGAGCUCGCGGGGCGCGCGCGCGCACAUUUCUCAUAUUUCAACGAUAUACAAGAGCAGCAGCAGCAUUUCUUUUCGCCUCGAUUCCAGUCAUGCUCAUCAUGCAUACUUUUGCUAAUCGAAUAUUCUAACGAUAUGAAUAUUGAAUGCAAAAAAGCGAGUGUCCGCCUUCUCCUCCUCUUUUUUCCUCAUUUCCAUUCGUUCCCAGAAGAGAUGUACUUACUUUCGCCCCCGGUGUUAUCUAGUUUUCCGACUAUCCAACCUCACACUUCUCAAUUUCCUGCCGCACAAUUAGUCGGCUAAAGUUGUGCGCCAAUCGAGCGGAAAUUGGACGGGAGACGGCUUCUUCUGCUGCCUUUUUUCGCUUCUCAACACUCGAGGCGUGGGCAGGUAACCGGAGCAUUGUUUAUGAAUGACUCCGCGAGUACUUGGAGCCCAAAAACUUUCGCUUCGGGUUUCCUUCCACCACCCUUUAGUCCCUCUCGCUCUCCACCACCACAAUAUGUUCCCGUGUUUGAAUGACAUGGCUUGGUCGCCAGUCACCCACUCGUUUCCUCUUCUUUUCUUCCAAUUGUACGGCUUCGGACGGCUGUAAUUUCGAGAAGAAGAGUGCAGCUGAAAUUGGAUUCGUCAUUUUCAUUUCAGUUGAGUUUAGUUUAGUUUGAGCCGUGCAAGAUUUCUGCCCAAAAACUCUCUCUCUCUCUCUCAAAUACUUUCAUUUCAUUCACUUUAUUUUCCUUUCACAUUGCCAGCUCAAUUUCAUUCAUCUUUCCGCCGCUCUAGAGUCCUCCAGAAAUUCUUUGCUCUGCGGGCGCACACGAGCGACUGCUGCUGCUUAAUACAUUUAUUAUGCAUGUCCAUUUAUUCAUGCAUUUAUUUCAGCACGCGUUUAAUGGGCUGAAAGUUGGCUGAAAGCGGUCCUCUUUCCGGCCUGAUGAGUCUCUUCGAGUUGUCGCUAAUCCGAUCCGCGCCCGCAAGAUUAAGGAGCGAUCAUGCGGACGAUUAAAUGUCUGAACUUUCUAUUUCCCUGCUCAUUCUGUCUGAUCAAGAACAUCAUGGUAGCCGCAUCCUGUUAUUCAAAAACUGGCAGUUGAACCCGAAACAUUCAUCUUGCUUUCCCCUUCGUUUUUCUCUGCUCUCUCCCCGCUUCCAGCACUCUUUUUCCCGCUUUGUUUUGUUUUGUCCCUCGUCGCCGCGCCAUUCAAAUUGCCUAUUCUGUCCGUUAUCUAUGUAUGCAUGUGUGGGAAAAGAAAGGUUUUUUUUUGGUGUGUGCGCCUUCUCUUUUUGUGAUGCGUGAAAAACAAUUUGUUAUUUUCCGGGGAUUUCGGGCCCCCAAAAACUAGUAAUAACAUUAUUUCGGUCGAACGUGUUCAUGUUCUCCCGCGCGCGCGCUCUUUGAACUCUGUGCACAUGACGCCAGUUCGUUUUCAACCCAAAAAUUGAAUUUACCCGUUGACAGACAAAAAAAAAUGAAUUUGAGCGCAGGGUUUUCCUCGCCUUUUCUCGUUUUUUCCUGGUUUCGUCCACCCGUAGCGAGUGGCUUUCUUCUCUUUUUUACUGACGGCCGCAGCAGAGCGACGACGACGUCUUGAAGAAAUUGGCGAGGAAGACGAAGAAAAGGAAGAGAAGACGUCGACGACGACGACGUGCCUCCACACUCGUUUUUGCCCAUAUAAUCCUUGUGCGGCUACUGCUUUUGCCGCUCUCCGUGAGCACCCCACUGCUCUUUUCUCUUCCCAGUUUUUCGCGCGCAAGAGGCAUAGUGAGGGAGAGACGGAGCUCUCCUUCUUUCUCCUCCGUUUCUUUUCUCCUCGACGGCCAUGGCACUGCUCUCCUCCGCCGCGCGCGAAUUUCCAUCGAUCUUUUUGCGGGGCACCGCGAGCACCCUUCGCUCCUUCGCCUCCUUCGGCUCUUGGCCCGAAAAGACGACAGCACCAAACUAGUACUUUUUAUUCGCGCGGCGCCGGUGUGCCGUGUCUGCAAAACAGCCCGUUCUGCCCUUUAAUCCGCGUUCUGCGAUCAUAAUUGGAUGAGCAGCCUCCGGGGGAAUACGUGCGCAAGGGAAGCCAUCGUAAAAACACACUCGUUCUCUGAAAACAAAACCGUCUUCCGGGAAGCUUCCGAGAAGUUGGUCCCAUGUCCGAGGCCAGUUUCUCUCUAGGCGCGCUUGCGAUCGAAAAUCAUUCCGUGUUUACUUCUGUCUUCCCCCCUCCAAAGUUUUGUGCACAGUCCAAUCAAGUGAUUUUUCGUUUCGCCGCCAUUUGUUGAAAACAUGUCGAGACAAAUACAUUUCCAUUCCACGAGUUGUCGGAAAUAUGUUCGUUCCCACCAUCCCCCUUUCUGAUAAAUCUGAGUCAGAAGCAGCAGUUAUUUCGCAACCCCUCUCAAUUCAAGCGAAACGUUUUUUCUCGUGUUCCCAUAGCAAUUUAGCGCACCGUGAUGGAUCGAGCCGUCAUCCUUCAGAAGAGACUGGCUCGGCACCCAUUUCUUUGACAAAUUUAUAGUUUCUAUAUAGGGCCGGAGAUCGUCGUCGUCGUCGUAAAACGAAGACGUUUGCUCCUAGAAACAUGUCGUGUGUUUCCGAGCAACAUUCAUAGAUUUCAUUUAGUCAGAAAAGAAGAAUGACAUCUUCCAACCGCCUCACUUCUUUUGAUGACGAACCCGCAUGAAGCAAAAACUAAUAACUGAGACGCGGAUCGAGUGUGCGUGCUUCUGAGCCGCUUAUCCUCGAGUUUCCUUUCAAAAAAUGAGCGCUCUAAUUGACCGUAUUCAUUAUAAAAUUCCGAGUUUUUGGAGCCUCUUCAAAUUGCCUUGGGCAUUAAUUUCCACCCGUUUUGUAGUCCACACGCUUUAUUCCCAGAAAUGCACUCACUUCCUGGUUCGCUUUCUCUUCUGUCUUCUGCAGUUCUGAAACUGAGCCAAACGCUCAGUCAUUGCGGAAACCGAUGAGAACACAUUUUCUGGGCCGACGCAUGGCACAGGCACUCCUAUUAUUAGUUUCGCCCACUUCUGCGAAGCAAUAAAAAGUGGCUUCGUUAUUUGUCUGGAAUGCCCGCGCGCUGAAGGGGGGGGGGGAUGUCUUCAAUGCGAGUUGCCAUCAGUCAUAUUGUGGUGGGACGGAUGCCCUCUGACGCACAAUGAAAACCAGUUUUCUGUCAGGCAGUUGUCUUCUUUUUACGAAAAAGUUAUUCUCUUCAAUCGAUGCGAACACUUUGGGCGUGCUCGUCAGUUAUGAUGCCGCGUCUGCACUUUUGUCUCGCGGUGUUCGCACCGAUUUCACAACAACGCACACUCAUCGCUUCGUCAUCUGACCUCUUUCCGUCUUUUUCCAGUUAUUUUUCCCUUUCCAUCUCGUGCCGGCUUGCACAAUCAUAAACCUAUUAUAAAUGCGGAGAAGGAUAGAUUUCACGUUAGUUUCGAGCAGUUUGAAGGCACUUUUUUUGUGCGUCUCCGGUCCACUCGCGACAACAACUGUUCAUGCAUAAAUGCGUUCAUAUAUCUACGUUUUCUUAUUCGUGUCCUUCGUAUCCGUGUCAUAUCGAAUCCCCGUUUUGAAAUAGUCGUCACUUAAGGGCCUCGCCUGCCUGGACGAAUAAGAACAAACGACGAAAUGGACGCUCAAGGAGACGCCGGUGCGCAAGGCGGAAGCCAGGGAGGACCGAGACAGUCGAACAAACGUCUCCAGCAAACUCAGGCUCAGGUCGAUGAAGUCGUCGGAAUCAUGAAAGUAAUGAAAAAGUCAGACCGCAUUCAUAAUUAACGAAAGUGUUGCAGGUGAACGUGGAGAAGGUGUUGGAGCGUGACCAGAAGCUGUCGCAGCUGGACGACCGAGCGGAUGCUCUCCAGGAAGGAGCCUCGCAGUUUGAGAAGUCGGCGGCCACUCUGAAGCGCAAGUACUGGUGGAAGAACAUCAAAAUGAUGAUCAUCAUGUGCGCAAUCGUCAUCAUUCUUAUCAUCAUCAUCGUCCUGUGGGCCGGCGGAAAAUAA